AUGGCUUCCUCAAAGUGCUUCGUUCUCGUCGUCGCCCUAAUUUUCUCGACCAUGAACGUGAGCUUUGGAGCUCGCCAUCCGUUGCAAACGACUAUGCCUACGAUCCCAUCUUUGCCCACCAUACCCACUUUGCCGAACCCGACAUCUCUGCCAUUGCCGACCAUGCCGACAUUGCCGACGGGCGCGCUGCCGCCUAUACCCGCCAUCCCGACCACCUUGCCUCAACCCAUGAUCCCGACGUUGCCCAUUGCCCAGCCAACGCUGCCCACGGCCACUUUGCCGCCGCUUCCGACCAUGCCAACCGUGCCGACCACCGUCCCGGAGUUAACCUUGCCGCCGAUGCCGAGCAUCCCUACUUCUCUUCCUAAGAUUCCUUCCAUCCCAUUCCUCACUCCACCUCCAGCAUCCAGCCCUUGA